AGCAAAUGGGGCAGCGCCAGUAGCUCCCCCCAGAGGCUUCCUGGGGGGCAGCCAGUGGGGAUCCCCGGGAGCUACGUAGGCUGCCAAGUGCCCCUUCCCCCGGCACCUGUUUCUGAGCAAUGAGCUCCAAGGCAAAGAAGCGGGUGGUGCUGCCCACCCGGCCUGAACCCCCCAACACCGAACAGAUCCUGGAGGAUGUCCAACGUGCCCAACCCAAUGAUCCAGUCUUUGUCCUCCUGGCAGAACCCAGUGAAGACUUGCCUGCUCCGGCCAAGAAUGAAGAUCCGGAGGCCAAGAGGGAACGCCUCUAUCGGCUGACCCAGUCCUACGUGGAGAUGAACCACCGCCUGCAAAAGGCCUGCAGCCUGCUCAAGGAGAAGUGCGAGGAGCUGAAACUGGCAGGUGCUACUCUGGAGCAGGGCAUCCUGGAGAUGAAGCAAAGAGCUUUGUGAGACUCGGAAGCCAUCUGGACAGGAGAUCAGACAUGAGGCUGGAAUUUGGAGAGGGGUGUCUCUCUGGUAUUGUGCGCUUGAAUUACAGACGUGUGUGACAAUUGUACAUUUUUGAAUUUCACGCAUGCGUAAGCUACACAUCUCAACACCGUGUCUGUUUUUUGUUCUGUGACAAUGUGCCCGAAUCCAGCUGCUGCUGCUGCUGCGAGCCCCAUGAAGCCCAAAACUUCUUAGCUGUGUUCACCCUUCAAAUGCUGGAUUGCAUAGUGAGGCUGUUCCAGUAUUCACAUUCAUGGCGUUGGCUCUCAGUCCUGCGCAGGUCUUUUGUGGCUCCCCUCCUCCCCUUCCCCCCUUUUUGCACAGACUUAAAACAAAACUCCUCUGUUGAAAAACAAACCUGACACUUCCUAAAGUUUCUCACACUUCAGACUCAGACAAGUGAACUUGGGGGAGGGGGACAGCUUCCUGGUUUGGCCCAAGUCUCCAGCAGCUGCUGUGUCAGCCAUGACAUCUCCGUUGCCCUGCAACUUCCGCUAUGAUUUCUCCCUCUGGUACUGCCUGGAAGACGACCCUAUUGCCACCUCCAUCAGCAAGAUGCUUACUGAGCAAGGUUUCCAGGGUUAUAUUGAGCAUCAGGAUCAUGUGGCAGGGAGGUCUGUUGUCGUCUCAGCAGCCGAGGUUGUUGAAAACAGCCGAGUUGCCAUCAUUCUUCUGACGGCCCACUCGGUAGCUGACCCUUGGUGUCAGCGUGUUGCAGAGUGGAACCUUCUUCACACAAUACAGCAAGAGGGAACCAAAGUCAUCCCGGUUUAUGUGGAUGUGACCUCCAGGAAUGUGCCCUUGGCUUUAAGUCACCUGAGCGGACUUGACUACAACAGCAGCUUCUUCCAGGAGAGGCUUCUGAAGAGCUUGCAAAAGACCCCGUCGCAAAUGAGGGCCCAACAUUCCUCCUCCACUGUUACCAAUGCUAAAAGCAGAGUUCGCUUCUAAUGAACUUGGCAACUGCAUGGCGGGAGGGUGGGGUGGGGUGUGUGAGUGUGGAGAUUUCAUUUUGGCCCCUAGCCCGAUUGGAAGUGGUUUGUGUCGGAUUUGGUGUUUCGACGUAGGCCCCCAUUGUGACGUUGGUUGGUAACCGUGAACGGAUCCCAGUAGAUUUGUGCCUAGAACUGAUUCGUAAGAAGGUUUUAAACAAAAAACUGAUGUGGUAGGUAUAUUGGGAGAAGGGAAGGGAGGGUUCAUAAUUUGUUGUCUGAUUAGUGGGAGUUUAGUGUCGAGAAAAUCUAGGUCUUGAGGCUGCUGAUAUUGUAUGGUUUAUUUAAAGGGAAUCUUAUUAAAAAGUAGUUUUUGGACAAUGCAA